AUGUGUUGUAACUACUAUGGCAACUCCUGUGGCUAUGGCUGUGGAAACAGCUAUAGCUGUGGACUCAGCCCCUACUAUGGCUGUGGAUAUGGAGCUAGAUAUGGCUGUGGAUACGGCUCAGGAUACGGCUGUGGCUAUGGAACAGGAUAUGGCUGUGGAUUUAGCCCCUAUUAUGGCUGUGGUUAUGGAACCAGAUAUGGCUGUGGAUAUGGCUCUGGCUCUAGCAGCUACUGGCCAGUUUGCUACAGGAGAUAUUAUUCUUCUUGCUGCUAG